AGUAGUGGCAGUGGCACCUUCAGCUGCACAAAGAUUCCCAAAGUUGAGAAACAGCACACUCUCUCACUCACUUGUCAUUGUUAUUUUUGUUUUACAUUUUGUCACAAUCUGUGACUGUUCGAGUUAUCCGAGGCCCCUCUUUUAUAUGGUCGUUAAUAAAAAUGGCUUCGACCCUUUUCACAAAGAUGCUUUUGGGCCAACGAUUGAUCCAUCCUUAUUCGUUCCUCACUCACCAGCCACAGAUUCUCUCUUCUCUAUUCAGUAAACGGCUGUUUUGUAUACGAGCUGUCCCAGUCUCAGCCUAUACAUCCCAAAACAUCAAAACAACUGGUUGGGCUCCUUGUAUGGCUUCUUCCUCAGUUGGUAGAAGGGCUACAUAUUCAACACAAUCUGUAUCAACAAAUGAGCCAGUUGUAUCUGUAGAUUGGCUUUAUGAUAACCUGAAGGAGCCAGAUAUCAAGGUACUAGAUGCUUCGUGGUACAUGCCGGAUGAGCAGAGGAAUCCAAUUCAAGAAUAUCAGGUUGCUCACAUUCCUGGUGCCCUUUUCUUUGACGUAGAUGGAAUAGCAGAUCGGACUACAAAAUUACCACAUAUGCUGCCAUCAGAGGAAGCUUUUGCUGCUGCUGUUUCUGCUCUUGGCAUUGAGAACAAAGAUGAUUUGGUUGUUUAUGAUGGAAAAGGGUUAUUUAGUGCAGCUCGUGUUUGGUGGAUGUUCCGAGUAUUUGGGCAUGACAGAGUUUGGGUAUUAGAUGGUGGCCUGCCGAGAUGGCGUGCAUCAGGUUAUGAUGUUGAAUCCAGUGCUUCAAGUGAUGCUAUUCUUAAGGCCAGUGCUGCUAGUGAGGCUAUAGAGAAAGUAUAUAAGGGACAGACAGUUGGCCCACUCACAUUUCAGACUAAAUUUCAGCCACAUCUUGUUUGGAACAUUGAUCAGGUAAAGAAAAAUAUAGAGGACAAAACUCACCAACACAUAGAUGCUCGAUCAAAGCCUAGGUUUGAUGGAGCUGUACAAGAGCCUCGAAAGGGAAUCAGAAGUGGUCAUGUACCUGGUAGCAAAUGCAUCCCUUUUGCCCAGUUGUUAGAUAGUUCACAGACAUUGUUACCAGCAGAUGAGUUGAAGAAGCGAUUUGAACAAGAAGGCAUCUCUGUGGAAAGCCCAGCUGUGACUUCAUGUGGAACGGGCGUAACUGCUUGCAUUCUUGCAUUGGGUCUUCAUCGUCUUGGAAAGUCUGAUGUUGCAGUUUAUGAUGGAUCUUGGACUGAAUGGGGAGCACAAUCUGAUACACUUGUUGACACUUCAUGAAUUCAAUACAGCUAAAUUUGCAUGCCACCAGAAAGUAUCUGCAAGUGAAGGGGCUGUAUCCAUUUGUCAAACAUUUUGAAGACACCAAUUUUUCUAUGCUUUACUGUUUGUUUGUUGUUCUGGUUUAGUUGUGGUUGAGAUUCUUGAGAAUCGCAAAUAUGUUCCAUGUCAAAUGUUACUAAUAUUAAAUCCUAUCAUGUGGCUUAUAAAAAUAAUGAUAGGGUUGUUAAAAAAUGUCUCAUAGAAAUGGGAAAUGGUUGGGUUUGUUAAAAAUUACAAAAUAAAAUUUACGAUCAUACCACACACACUUAUGCACUAAUGAUUAAUCAGUGCUGUUGGGACACUGUUUUGGGGUGUGUUUACCCGUGGAAACUUAAUCCACACGUGCCAUCUUGAUAGAAAUUUGAAUGAGACAAUUGUUACUCAAUGAAAAGUUCUUGUUAUAGUCUGA